AUGGCUCGGAUCUGGAUCCGAGUCCUCGCCAUUCUCGCGCUGCUUUACCUCGGCCAUGCUUCGCCCGUGCCGGCAAUCGACGCUGAACAAGAAAUCGCACCUGCAGCAGAAGGCCCACCGGCGCAGCUCUCUCAACCUGGAACCACUACAUCUCCGACUAGAAAGAGAGUCACAUGGGCCGAUCUGGUCGAACAGCCUGCGCUUCCUGCAGCCGGUUCGUCACAGCCAGCAAGGCUGAGACCCGUGGUCGAGAGCACACUUGGCAGAGUCGGCUCUUCCGCAGAUGACCCGAUCAAUCACAAUGUGUACUGGGGCAGGGACGGGAGGCCCUACGCCAGUCGCGACGCUGCCAGCGCAACAUAUCCAGAGGGCUUUGGUAGUCGACCACAUGCAAGUCGCCACCAAGCGGCAUCGAACGGUAUCCAGUCCGCAGGUUCUGCUCGAGAGAUCUAUCGAGGGCCAGAACCCAUUGCGACAACCUACUUUGUAAACGGAAAAGCUUACACCACUUACGAAGAGGCCAUCCGGGGCGAGCAAGCUGUGCGCCCUCAACAUCUUGUAGGAUUUCCGCCGUCGGAACGCUUCACGAGGGGCAAGCCAGCCGUCACAAAAGGCAGCUUUUGGGGUUCCUGGUUCCCCAAAAGGCGUUCCUCCUCGGAGCCUCCCCCGUUGCUGCAAAGCCAACAGACCACAAUGACUACCAACUUGCCGAAGCUCGAAGGCAAACCAAUCAUGAAGCUCUCAGAAGAUCCGAAGCUGGACAAGACUGCACUCGUAAAAGUAGCGUCCGAGCGCGAUAAGCUGAUCGUGGACCGGGGCAAUGUUGGUGUGCAGUCUGUGGAUCGAACACUCGGUGGUCAUGUCGCCACAAAUCUUGUCUUGGGCAGUCAUCCAGAGACACCUUACUCUGGCAACUGGGUACCUGCGCAACACCACCACCGAGACAUGCUUCAAAACGCAACGCUCGUCAGGCAGCAAAGAGAGGCAGCGAAAAUGACCGCACGAGGUGAAGCGGCUGCAUUCGUGCUGCGUUCAGCGAUCGUGGCGGUACUCGUGUUGAGCGUGGUCGCUGUCAAGCUGCCAGCCUUGGCUUCUGUGCACGAAGAGUAUCCACUGCUAGACCAGCCGCCCCGACUGCAUCCGCAACAAGCCAGCACCGGCACGAGGACGAGCUCGCAAAGCGUUCACUUCACCGGUCGGGCAGACGAAACAGUGUACUUUCCUCGACGAGCUACUGCCCCCGUGACGGGGCUCGUUCGUGGGCAGAACGGCAGACUGGUCCCCAUCCGGCUCAACGCCCAGCUGCAGCUCUCUCCCCAGCCGAUCCCGCUCCUCGCAAGCAGCUCACGUCCUGAAGCGCACGCGCACGAUCCGAAUGCGGCGCAGCAGAACAUGCCGACCGCGACUCCUUCCACGAAUGAAGAGAUGCAAGAGCUGCUCCGGGCUUAUCCGAACAUCAGAUCCACUACGUUCGAAGCAGUGCCGAGGCCCCACGCGUUCAAGCUGGCAGAGAAGUAUCACGCGGUUCAACUGCCAGGCCAGGGGCUGGAUGCGAAGAUGAUCGGAAUCAUGCAAGCUAAGAGGCUGCCGUUUUACGCGCAAGGGGCCAAAGGCAAGGUCUGGUUCUUCGACACCAGGGAUGGAAAGAGGUAUAUCUACACAGACAGGAUGCAGAGUUCUGACGAGACUUUCAUCCGGGGCCUCUUUCCUCAGCGCUUGCAGGAUGACGCCGAGUCUUCCCGAGCAGCUGAACAACGAGGCAGUAGGGAUGUAGCCGGCGACGCUGGAAGACCACUGAAUCAGCUAGCGGCGAGGCAACCCAGGACGGCGACCGGCGUUUCACUUGCUCGAAAGCUAGCCAACGGUAUGAAGAAGUUCCUCAGUGGAGCUCUGAAGCCGUAA